GGGGCCGGGAGCUGCAGGAGGCUGGACCCGGGCCUGAGCUCGCCCCCUCGGUGGACGAGAGCAGUGGAGGCUCCGCCCCCUGCUCCUCCGCCGGGCUGAGGUGGAGGAUUUUUGGAAGAAGAGAAAGAGGGAAGUGGAGACACCGGUGGUGAGGCGGACAUAUUCCUCGUAUCCCCCUCUUCUCGUGAACAGCAGGACACUCGUGUGCCCCUGGAGGAUCUACAAGGAAGUUGCAUGUAAACCUUGAUGAAUGUUAAGAAGAAGAAGUGAUGAAACAUUUAUCUGAAGCAAUCUGACAGGAUGGCUUCACAGGAGGGGGAGGAGCCUCCUUCUAAUGGAGGCCAAUCAGACAGCCGUCUAAAGAGCAAGAAGCCGCCCAGCCUUGUAAUAGCGAUCCCCCCACCUGAAGUGAUGAUGUCCCACAAUCCUGCAAAACAGCCGCUGCGACCGUCUCUGAAAAAGAGUGAGAGCGGUCAAGCGUCCGCCUCCGUGUCAGACAGCAUGAGUGGAGCUGCAGAUCGAGGUUUCUUAACCAGAGACAGGAGGGGGAAGCUUGGUCGACAAACAUCGCUGUCUCAAAGCAUCCGCAGGAAUACAGCCCAGUGGUUUGGGGUAGGGGAAGACUGUGAGACCAAGCAGCAGGUAUGGCACAGGAAGAGCCUGCGCCACUGCAGCCAACGCUACGGCAAGCUGAAGGCCCAGUACAGAGAGCCAGACACAGCCACCAGCUUCGACCAGGGCCUCGACUCACCAGCCACACACAAGAUGCCAAAGAUUGUAGAUCCCCUGGCACGGGGAAGAGCCUUCCGUUGCCCAGAUGAGGUGGACAGUCGCUCCCCCAGGACACCCUACUUCACUCAGGGGGGUCCCAUCACCCCGGGGGUCACCUCACUCAGCUCUUUCACCAGCCAACGGUCUGGGUACAGCCGCUUCCCCAAACGCAAGAGGGAGUCUGUCGCUCGCAUGAGCAUUCGAGCUGCAUCCAACCUGCUGAGGGGUCGUAGUGGUUUGGCGGGCUCCCAGACAGGUCGCAGUUUCCCCAGGAGGAGCUUUGCCAGGCCCAGCUGGAUGGACGAGGACACAGUGGAUUCUGCAGACGCAUCUGAGUCGCUUUUUUUCAGCAAGGUCGAUGCCCACGAUGAGCUGUACUCGAUGGCCGAUGAUGUAUUUGAAUCUCCACCCAUAUCGGCAUCUUUUGGUCCCUGUGAGCAGCCUGACCAGAAGUUCCCAAGCCUUAGGGAUAUAUCUCGGACGCCCAGGACGCCAACGGUAUUGCCCGAAAAGAGCCAACCUCGUCGUGGGCGUCGCAUCGCCUCCCAAGUCAAGCACUUUGCAUUUGACAAACACAAGCGUCAGUACGGCAUGGGCGUUGUGGGGAAGUGGUUGAACCGGCACUACCGACGCAGCCUCAGCAGCAAUGUCCAGAAGCAGCUGGACGACUUCCACAGCCACAGGCCGUACUUUACCUACUGGAUCACAUUUGUCCAUAUCGUAAUCACACUGCUGGCCUGCUGUACAUAUGGUUUUGCCCCUGUGGGGUUUGCACAACAUUCUACAACUGACCUGGUGCUGAAGAACAAAGGCAUUUAUGAGAGUGUCAAGUUUAUCCAGCAGGAGAACUUCUGGAUCGGCCCGAGCUCUGAUGACCUGAUUCACCUGGGGGCGAAGUUCUCACCAUGCAUCCGUCAGGACAGACAGAUAGUGAGUCUGAUCCAAAAAGCCAAAGACCUGGAAAAAGAGUCUGGCUGCUGCGUGCAGAAUGACAACUCUGGAUGUGUGCAGACCCACAGCUCCGACUGCUCUGAGACGCUGGCCACGUUUAUUAAAUGGAACCAGGAGGAUGUGGACAUCAGAAGGUCCUCAGGAUCUGUCUGUCACCAGGAUCCCAGAGUGUGUGAAGAACCUGCGUCUGCAGUACCUCAUACGUGGCCAGAUGACAUCACCCAGUGGCUGGUGUGUACGUAUCCCAAGAAGUGGAACCACACAGGUUACAGACACAUGGACUGUAACAUCAAGGGACGGCCAUGCUGCAUAGGAACUAAGGGCAGAUGUGAGAUCACUACGAGAGAGUAUUGCACUUUCAUGCACGGAUAUUUCCAUGAAGAUGCCACACUCUGCUCACAGGUCCACUGUCUGGAUGACGUGUGCGGUUUGCUGCCCUUCCUAAAUCCUGAUGUUCCAGAUCAGUUCUACCGUCUGUGGCUCUCUCUCUUCCUCCAUGCAGGGCUCUUACACUGCGUGGUGUCGGUGGUGUUCCAGAUGACCAUACUGAGAGACGUGGAGAAGCUGGCAGGUUGGGUCCGCAUCUGCAUCAUUUACAUCCUCAGUGGCAUCACUGGAAACCUCGCCUCUGCCCUGUUCCUGCCCUACAGAGCUGAGGUGGGUCCAGCAGGGUCUCAGUUUGGUCUCCUCGCCUGCCUGUUUGUCGAGUUGUUUCAAGGCUGGCAGAUGCUGGAGAAGCCGUGGAAGGCCUUCUUCAAGCUGUUGGGUAUUGUCCUCUUUCUCUUCCUGUGCGGCCUCCUGCCGUGGAUCGAUAACAUUGCUCACAUCUUUGGCUUUAUCAGCGGCUUGCUGCUCUCCUUCGCCUUCCUGCCUUACGUCACCUUCGGCACGUUCGACAUGUACCGGAAACGCAUCCUCAUCGUCGUCUCGAUGCUGGCCUACAUCGGGCUGUUCUCGUCCCUUAUCGUUUGGUUUUACAUUUACCCCAUUAACUGGCACUGGCUGGAGCAUCUCACCUGCCUGCCCUUCACAAGCAAGUUCUGUGAAAAGUACGAUAUAGACCAUGACAUUGACGAUGUGGUGCACUAGUCAUAAGGCUCUUGAUGCUGUCUAAUGCAGGCCCACUAGUUUCUAGCCAAUGUCCAGAGCAGUUGAUUAUUCUCAACACAUUGCAAUCAUGUUUUUUACUCUCUCACUAAAAGACCAGGUCCAAGUCCACGAGAAUGGAAACUGAAUCAGUCUCCUCUUGUCAGCCUGCUGAUGUGAUUACUUCUGUACAUUUUUAAACCUCAGUCAAGUCUACCAUUUCAAUUUGCUAAUGAGCUUGAAGAUUCCCGGAACUGACAGGCAAAGAUAUUCAGGGUGUCAAAGCUGCAUGGAACUGGAUGGACCAAUAGGAAGAGAUCAACAGGAUGGACAGACUGUCUUCUUUCAUCCAUCCAUCAGUUAUCUGUCCUGUAAUGAUACAUCAAAAUACAUGGAAAGAAGCUAAAUAAAAGAAUACAUGGUCAUCUCUGGUCACCUUUACCUUUAAUUCAAUGGACGGUAAGAAAAAGAGAUAAAGGAAGAGCGAUGUCAUAAUUAGGUUUGAGAUAAAUCAGUUUCCCCCCCUCAGUGACUCUAGUUGUCAGUACCACAUCAACACAUUUGGCAUGGCGUCGGGUGGAGAGGUUGAAUUAGUCCAGUGUGUCUCAACGAACAGAAACAGCCCCACACUGGAGAACCACAGUUCUUGGGCUGGUACGUCUCCAUCACUUCAUACAUGAUCAGUGUGAAGACAAAGAGGACAACACUAUGAAGACCAUCACUCACUGCUGCUGCCCCUCCUCGUUUUCAUCAGAGUCAACGCUGUAUUUUAAUCUCUCCUUUUGUGCCUAUGCACUCAGCAUGUCAAUAUUCACUGGAGUAAUGAAACGUUCUGCUACAUGUAACAAGUAUUAACUGUGCAGCUGGAAUUAUCAGAAAUAUAACUAAGGCAAGAUUUCUAUCUAAACCCACUAGUUGCCUUAAACAGACUUUGCCAUAUUAGAUGCUUGGUUGUUCUUCAGUAUACAGCUUGUGAUCAGCCUCCUGAAUGAUGACGAACACGUUUCUGACUUGAAUCUACCAAAGCAACUUCACAUGCUGCUUGUGUUUGCAUGUUGUUUUUCCACAGUCACUUUUUUUAUGUACGUCACCAACACCAACAAAACAUUUUCAGUCUUCAGCUCUUCUGUAAACGCUGCGGUGCCUCAAGCAUUUUGUAGAUUUAUUUUAAAAGUCUGAAAGCAAUAUUUAUUCUAUAAGAGCAGUUCCCUAAACCAGGUGGAUCAGAGCAGGUUUUCCUACCAUAGUUUUUCAACCUAAACUCUUUUCACAUUUUUACUAACGCUCUCUUUGACAAAAACAAUGAGACAAAUUACUUACAUUGCAAUGUUUCCAUACACUUAAAAUUUUCUUUAAACCUCAGACAGACAAAUUCAAUGGUUGCUCAUUUGUUUCUAAAUCACUUUCUAACCUAUUUAUUGAAAUUUAAAUGUCACUAACUGACCUGCCUGUCUGUGCGCACCCUGCACUCACUGCAUAUGACCGGAGUCUUCAGCGGGAGACAUAAAUGGCUAAAACAGAGAUGAUCACCACAAGUUAGCAAGCGAGUCACAGAAAAGUUGUUUUCUAGCAGUUGUCAGUCCACGUUCACAUGUUUUGGGGGCGUAUCUCUGAAGAGACUGUUCCCUGGCUGUGGACAUGAUCUUGUUGUUUUGUUGUGGAGGAUUCUGGCAUGUUCUGAUGCCUGUUGUUGGAAAUGGAAAGCCACGAUAAUGACUGUUGUGUGGAGGAUUAUGUGAGGUACUAAAUGAGAUUAUGUGAGUUGGAUUAAGGGGCUGACUCACUCAUAAUCUGGUGUUGAAAACAUGAGUUUGUUGGACAAUUUGAAUAUAUUUAACUACUUUAAACACCACUAUGUUCUGAGGAUAAAGGUCAAACUGUUUUAAGUCUGUGCUCAUAUAGUAAGUGUGACAAUGAUAUCCACUUCUUUCUGUGCCUUUUGACAUGUGAGUGUGUGAAUGUAAUGUUUGCAACAACUCACAUCUUCAACCAUGACAGUACUCAGCAGUUACACUACUGUGCCUGCGUCUGCAUUGGGACCAAAUCAUUUCACCCCUUUUUCUAUUUUAAUGGAAUAAAAAGGGAAAUUUAAUUGUUAAAUGAAGUCCAGGGCAUGGUAAUGGUACUUUUCUGUUUUGCUUCAGUUUUUUUAUGGGAAAAUCUAUGUGUGCUAAAGGGAUUCUGUCAAAAUAAAAGCCCCCCUGGUAAUAAUAAGGUA